GCAUCUGUUGAAGAUGAUCAAUUUGUUUUUUUUUCUGUAAAUUAUGUGAAUCCCGGUAAUGUUGUCCAUGAGUCAGGUGACUGGAGGCCCCAGGAGCCAGGGGACUACUGCACCAGUCAUUGCUCAGUCUCGAUGUUUUGCUCUCGCCUGGGUAUCGGCGACACGUUUUCCCCGUUAUCUGUGGGACGGUAUUCCUCAUAUUUUGGCCGCUGGGCACUUUACAAGAGGGGGAGGGCAUCUUUGAUCAGCUCAGCCUCCUUUAUCCCCGAGUUUGAUAUAACGGUUUUUAUAGAAAGCCGGUAACAAUACUCAGGUGAGUGUGUUGGUGUCCCGCCGUCCUGGAGCUUCUACCAGGGGGUCCACCUGACCCACCUGGAAUCUUCUAGUUUAUAUUUCCCUUUGGGAAUUGAAUUCCCUUUGCCUUUACUUUCAUUGUCCUGUUUUGUCCCCGCACAUCUGGCAGCAGCACUGGACACGACAUAUGCUGUCAGUGACCCUUACAAACCCAACAAGACGUAGGUACCGGUGUCCUUUCAGGUCUCAGGUCCCAGUACCCAGGUCUCAGUACCCAGGUCCCACACUAUGUCUCUGCCUGUGAGGAGACUCCUGACAAAUAUUCGCCAUAAUGGAAGUAUUUUGGUUGGCAGUGUUAAGGUUGGCGGUGCUGAGGCUAAGUUAGGAGUGUCAUCAUUACGGUGGGCUAGCACAGCCCACGGCACAGCCUGGAGGGUCAGCCGGUGGGCUGGGGUGGGCUUCGGGGUGGGUGCUGCCCUCACCACCGCCUACAUGUAUCAUAACUACAACACUACACGUCUAGGUAGCCCAGCCAAGGACCAAGAAUAUGUACUCUCACAGCCGCCGCCGACCUUCACUCCCGCCAGAUCUAUUCAUCUUACAACUGACACUACAGGCUUGAAGAUCACACUCUUUCAGUAUCAAACAUGCCCAUUUUGCUGUAAAGUUAGGGCAUUCCUUGACUAUUAUGGCUUCUCUUAUGAUGUGAUAGAAGUUAACUCAGUCACGCGCUCACAGACAAAAUGGACCGACUAUCGCAAAGUUCCGUUUCUUGUUGUUCAGCUUCCCAAUUCAGAAACCAUUUUGCAACUGAAGGAUAGCACAAUGAUCAUCUCAGCACUUCAGUCUUUUCUCUACAACAAAACAACCAGUCUGCAAGAACUUGUGAAGUGUUAUCCCUCUCUGGUCUAUACAGAUGAAGGAGGGACAAAAAAAGUUGAAAUUAUGAAUCGUCACUUUCUGAUGUAUGGUCAGCAUCCCUCUGGUGUCUCCAAGGAAGAUAUUGUAGAGGAGCGCAAGUGGAGGAAGUGGGUGGAUGACGUCUUCGUGCAUGUUCUCUCGCCAAAUAUUUAUCGAACUCCAGAGGAAUCAUUUCAGGCAUUUAAGUGGUUUUCUAAGGCUGGCAACUGGGAGGAGCACUUUGCAACAUGGGAGCGACUGUUAGCUGUCUAUGUGGGUGCAAUUGCUAUGUUCUUCAUUGGCAAGAGUUUAAAGAGAAGAUAUCAGUUAAAAGAUGAUGUGAGGGAAACAUUGUAUGAAGAAACCAAUGUGUUUUUGAAAGCUCUGAAGAAGAAAGGCACAAAGUUCAUGGGUGGAGAGCAGCCCAACCUUUCUGAUCUUGCAGUAUAUGGUGUGUUGACUGCUGUUGAAGGUUGUCAGGCCUUUCAAGACCUUAAAGAAAACACACACAUAUCUCUGUGGUUUGAUCGUAUGAAGGAAGCUGUGUCUCAGCAUGGAGGAGCCGUGCUCACAAAUAUGGUGUAAUAUGAACUUGACUUAGUCACAUAUGUAAAUUAAAAUACAUGUAUUAUCAAAACAGAAACUUUCAAUGUACCUUGUUAGUUAUAUUGCAGUGACUCUUAAGUACAGAAGUUGAUUACUUUAUUAUAGCAGUAAUUUUGGUCUUGAUUAUGUACUUGAUUUAAAAAAAUCAUUGUGACGAGUUCUUCAGAUUUUCAGUCACAUACAUAAAGGUUCUUCACAACCAGUAACACACACAACCAUAAAUAUUCAAGUGAGUAUAGGCUGAAGUUUUCAGAUAAAGUUUAGACAAAAGUGGGGGAGGGUAGACCUAUUCAUGCAUAAUACUUUUGAGAGGUCGAAAUCUUUACAUUUUGAGGGCCUACACAUUCAGUGCAUCAGAGGCAUGACUACACCCAGUAACUGUAUUCUGCCUUAAAUAUAAAAAUAAAUUUGACAAUAUCCAUUAUUCAUUUGUGCUGGUAAGGCAGCAGGUAGCUUGGGAGGGUUCCAGGGAGACAGUAACUGAAGAUCUUCCUUCAGGUUGUUUUAGAGGGGUCAGAGUUGUUGGAUUAGCCAUUGUUCUCAUCCUUAAAUGAAGACUGGGUAGGUGGGGUCAUGGCAUCGCUCACACAUUCAUAGAUAAUCAACAUUACUUUAUUUCAAAUUAUUUUCUUCCUCCAAACUACUUCCAUAUAUUUAUUAGGAAGCUAAAAAUGUUAUUACUUAUUUCAUUAUUUUACUGAAUAGUUCAAAAUAAUCCAAAGUUAAUUUGUAAGUUUUUAAUAAGUUAGGAAUAUGAAUGUCGGCAGAUAAUUUUUGAGGGCUAUCAAUGAUCUUUCUACUUCUAAUAUGAUUUGGUAAUCAUUUCUUUUUAUGUAAUUUAUAAUUCAGCAGUUAUAAAGGCAAUAUGCAGGUAUAUUUUCCUUUGUUAUAUGUGGAGUUUACACACAAAAUGCAAGUUAGCCGGGGCUUGAUGGUAACAAGAUGUUAAAAUGAGCUUUGGCACAAUAUUUUAUUCCUCCUCUCAGUUUAUUAAUUUGAAAUGAAAAUCAUGGUUGCAUAGGAUAAUGUAAAAAAAAAAUUGUUCAGUUUAUUAUGGUGGGGAAUCAGGAUGAGUAUAGUUUGCCAGGUUAUGGAGAAGAGACAGGAUGUCAGUCUUCCUGUUCUUUCCAUCCCAAAUCCUAUCCACCAUGGCCAGCCAUAUUCCCGUCCUUCUCGCUCACUAAAAGCUGAUGUGUAUGUUUUAUUUCUCUUUUUAGUUUUUAAUGUGGAAUACAAAGUAUGGUUUCGUAAGGCAUUGUAAAUAAUAAUAAUAAUAUCUUUAAUUACUACAAGUACAUGUACAAGGUAUACAGGCCUAGCUGACAUCAGUGACAUACUAUAUAGAAAGCCCCUUGUUAUGCAGAGCAUUUCGGGCAAAUUAGGUCAGUUUUGUCCCAGGAUGUGAUCCACACCAUUCGACUAACACUCAGGUACCCAUUUUACUGAUGGGUGAGCAUAGACAACCGGUGUAAAGAAAAUGUGUCCGAUGUUUCCACCCCUUCACCGGGAAUUGAACCCGGACCCUCGCUGUGUGAAGUGAGAGCUUUUGCCACCAGGCCACGGGAAAGUGUUGAAGAAAAAUUGCUUGAGAGAGUGGGUAUGUACAGAUUAAAGAAUGAGAAGUUGGCAUUCUCUGCCUAUCUUUCACCACAGAACAUCCACCAUGGGGGUACCUUUACCCCCAUCUUCCCACUCUUGGUACUUGCUAGUCAUGCAUAGCUGUCAACAAUGCAAAAAAUAAAUUACUCUUUGUUUUUACCAAUCUCUAACCAACAAAUAUGCAUAUGACACGUAGGGUCUGCCUAGCAUGGAUUAGUAGCCCUACUACAGUGCUCCUUUAUUCUUAUGUGAUGGCUGGUUGUAAGUAGGACCUAUCUGGCAUGAACCAGUAGGCCUACUGCAAUGCUCUGUGUUUAUGUAAUAGUUGGGUAUGAGUAGAAUCUGCCUUUAUUGAGCAUGUGUUUCUAUAUGUUUAUCAAGUACAGUGGAACCUCAAUAAUCGUAAGGCUCGAAAGUCAUAAUUUUCGAAAAUCGUAACGUUAUUUUUGUCAAAACAUUGACUCGCGAAUCAUCGUUUGACUAGCAAAUAGUCGUUCGUCUGGGACGUGUACACACAGCCCUGAGCCACCUCACACUCCAUUCCCAGCCAGUGUGCCAUUGUUUUUCAGUGAGUGAGGAUGAUCCCACGAGUUCAUACGAUACAUUUCAUAAUAUUCCAUUUGUUUUAGUGCUUGCAUCUGCUAAGUAAGUCACCAUGGCUCCAAAGAAAGCUUCUAGUUCCAGCCCUUUAGUGAAGAGUGUGAGAAACACAUAUAAUUUAAGAAAAAGUUUGUAGAAAAAUACGAAGGUGGUGGUGGUAGAGUGGUAGCAGUUGUGAUAGUGAUGGUGGUAGAGGGUGCCUUCUUCAGUGAUUCAGCGAUUCUACCAACUCCUCCAAUGUUGUUGGAGUUAUAUAGGGCUACAGAAAACACCGCCGCCUCAGCUGCUGCUUCACCACCAUUAUGGACGGCUUACUCUCAGUGGCCUUUAUACACCCAACAACAACACAACACCUCUUGUGACAUACAUAAUGACUUUUAUUCAUUCUAGAGUAUAUUCCAUGUUUCUUUGUUAUUCAUAUUGUUUAUUAUGUCAUAUAAGUUGAAUUGUGAUAGAUAAAUAAGCUGUAGAGUUGAUAUUAGUGUCAUAUUCUCCAACAAUAAACUCGCCUCCCCUCUCUCUGCCCCGUUUGCCAUACACCAACAAAAGUCUUCAGUAAAAGGUAAGUGUGAUGUUAAAUGUUCAGUUAUACAUUUUAUUAGUGCUUUACAUUUAUUUGGCAUUCUUUUCUGAAUGUAAAUCUAUAUUUAAGCUAGGGAAGUGACCUCUGAAGUGACCUAAAGUCCUUAUGGAGGGGGAUUCCCCUUCCAAACAAUAACCUCUCUUCCCUCUCCUCCUCUUCCCUGUCAUGUUAAAUGUUCAUUCUUUUGUGCAUGUAAAUCUAUCUUUAAGGUAAAGAAAAAAAAUUGUUGAUACUUCUGGGUGUCUGGAACGAAUUAGUAAUUGGAUUUACAUUAUUUCUUAUGGGGAAAAUGGAUUCGCAAAUUGUCAAUUUUGAUAAUAGUCACACUCUCUGGAACGGAUUAAUUACAAAAAACGAGGGUUCACUGUAUUUGGGCUUAUGUAUAUUUUUUUGUUACUAUUAUUGUGAAGUUUCAGGUGCUGUUUUGACAUUUUCAUUACCUUUUUCCAAGUUUUGGCAUCACGACCAUCUGAUCCCUUUGAAAGAGCCUCAAAAACUAGGGUAAACCAUCACAGGAACAAGAAAAAUGGAGUAUUAUUUGGCAAAAACUCGUAGGUCGACCUGUGCGUGCAAUCAGGUUAUAUUUCAGUAUUUAUGGUAUGUCAAAAAAUAUUAAUAAAUUGAUUUAUAAGCUAUUUUUAUAGAAAAAUAUAAAUUGUUGAAUAAAGUUAUUGACAUUUGUUAUGAGUACAGACAACUUGCAACCUUGGGAUGUUACUGUUAAGUCUCAACAAACAUGUUUGUUUAAGAUAAUGAAUAUGCAUUUAUUGAAAGUUUGUGAGUGCAGCAUUUUCUAGUAUUCAUUUAAAGCUGGUAUUGUAGAUUUUCUUUAAUCUUAAAAGUAAAUACAUUAUACAUUUGUUA